GCAGAGUUUGCCUGUCGACAUGCCACUUCGGUUGGAGAUUAAAAAGCGGCUCUCUGCACGGUCGGACCGCGUGAAGUGUGUAGACUUGCAUCCGACCGAGCCAUGGGUCCUCUCGGCACUGUAUUCUGGGAACAUUUUUCUUUGGGACACCGAAACUUGCUCACUCAUCAAGUCGUGGGAGAUUUGUGAACUGCCCGUUCGUUCUUGUAAAUUUAUUGCGCGUCGCUCUCAAUUUAUUUGCGCAUCUGAUGACAUGCGAUUGCGGAUUUAUAAUUAUAACACCAUGGAAAAGAUCAAAGAUAUGGAGGCCCACGCAGAUUACAUUCGCUUUGUAGAGAUCCAUCCAACUAUGCCUUACAUCUUGUCUUCAUCAGAUGAUAUGUCGAUGAAGCUUUGGGAUUGGGACAAUAAUUGGGACUGCACAUUGACCUUUGAAGGUCAUGCCCAUUAUGUUAUGAUGUGUAAGUUUAACCUUAAAGACACGAACACGUUUGCUUCGGCUUCACUCGACCGAACGAUCAAGGUAUGGGGUUUGGCAGCGCAGCAACCUCAUUUUUCUCUUGAAGGUCACGAGAGGGGCGUCAAUUGUAUUGAUUACUACCCUGGCGGUGACAAGCCUUAUAUACUCUCCGGUGCUGAUGAUAAAACUGUUAAAAUAUGGGACUACCAGACCAAGGCUUGUAUCCAAACACUGGAAGGACAUUCCAAUAAUGUUUGUUCUGUGCUUUUCCACCCUCGACUACCUGUACUAGUCUCUGCAUCGGAGGAUGGGACCGUGCGGAUUUGGCAUGCAACAACAUACCGUGCCGAAACUACUCUGAAUUAUGGACUUGAGCGUGCGUGGUCGAUUGCUGCCGCAAAGGAAUCAAACGGGCUCGCCAUUGGCUAUGACGAGGGGACCAUCCUCAUCAAGCUUGGCCACGACGCCCCUGUUGCUUCCCUUGACACACAUACGGGCAAGCUAGUUUGGGCACACAAUAAUGACAUUCAGUCUGCUUCGCUCAAGGGCUUGGCAUUAGAUUCCAUCGAUGGUGAGAAGCUCAAUCUGGCAACAAAAGACAUGGGCUCGUGCGAGAUAUUUCCGCAAACAGUGCAACACAACUGCAAUGGGCGCUUUUUGGUCGUUUGUGGCGAUGGUGAAUACAUAAUAUACACGUCCCAGGCUCUAAGGAACAAAGCGUUUGGACAAGCACUUGAUUUUGCAUGGUCUGCUGUUGGAACUGGAGACUUUGCCAUUCGUGAAUCUUUGUCAAGGGUGAAGAUUUUCAAGAACUUUAAAGAGCACCGAACGAUCAAGGCACCGAUUUCCUCGUCUGAAGGGUUAUUUGGCGGAGCGUGUAUUGCUGUAAGAGGUCCUGAUUGCAUCUGUUUUUUUGAUUGGGGCGAGGGCGCGUUUCUAUGCAAAGUCGAUGUGGAGCCCUCUGCCGUCUAUUGGAAUGAGACUCAAGAGCUUGUACUUCUUGUAUGUGAUGAACAGGCAUUCGUGCUUAAACAUGACAAAGACCUCGUUGACAGAUCCAUCAGCGAAGAUUCGGUAUCUCCAGAACUGGGUGUACCUGGGGCGUUUGAACCAGAGCAUGAGAUAUCUGAUAGGAUUGUCAAGGGCCAAUGGGUAGGAGAUUGCUUCAUCUUCUCCAAUGGCGCGGGCCGAUUGAAUUAUUUUGUCGGUGGUAACACCAUGACUUUGUGUCACCUUGAUCAACAAAGUACAGGGCCACUCUUCAUGAUUGGCUACUUGCCAAGGGAGGACAAAGUGUAUCUCAUGGAUCGCUCAAGAAACGUUUUCUGUUAUCGAGCACUGCUGGCUGUUUUACAGUAUCAAACCGCUGUGGUUCGGCAGGACUUCGAAACAGCCAACACGAUCCUGCCAGCAAUACCAGAGACUGAGCAUUCGUCAGUCGCACGCUUCCUUGAAGCGCAGGGUUAUAAAGAUGUUGCACUUGAAGUUUCCAGAGAUCAAGACCAUAAGUUUGACCUCGCGCUUGAGCUUGGUAAGCUUGAUGAAGCGACAGUGCUGCUUGACGCUAUGCCGGCGCACGACAAGGAUACUACAGACUCAAUGACCAAGUGGAAGCGUCUUGGUGACCUCGCCCUCGCCAAAUGUGAUCUAUCCCUCGCAGAGCGUUGCGCUAGUAAUGCCAGAGACCUUGCCGGGCUGCUCAUGCUGUAUACUGCAGUCGGAGAUCGUGCAGGAGUGCAAACUCUUGCCGGGAAUGCAGUCGCACAAGGUAAAUUCAAUAUAGCGUUUGUUUCCUUCUUUGUACUCGGCGAGAUUGAAAAAUGCUUCGAGCUUCUUCUUGACACAGAUCGAAUUCCUGAAGCUGCUUUUCUAGCUCGUACUUAUCUUCCUUCCCAGAUUUCGCGUGCUGUCAAAAUUUGGCGCGAAGAUUUAAAGCAGGUCUCUGACCGAGCCGCGGCAGGGCUUGCUGACCCGGAAGAGUACCCAAACUUAUUCCCAGAUCUUGAAUGGGCUUUAAAGGUCGAGAGAGUGUUCAAAUUGAACCGGCAUAAAACUGUUCUUGCGUCUGAGUUCACCACCGCCAAGGAUGAUCUUGAUUUGGAUCUCAUUGCCCUUAUGAAACAGCAAUUCUCUGAUGGUGCUAUGGACGAGCAACCUGGUGGGACUCAGGAUGCAACAAAUGGAGAUGAAGAGGGAGCAAAGGUUGAUAUCUCUACAGGCGUGGAUGACAAUUUUGACCCGGUUUCAAGUGAUUUAGGAAAUCAGACUCUCUCGAAUGAUUCCAGUCCAGGUGUCAAUGACUCUGGUAUUUCGGACACGUCUGAAAUUGUGCCUGAGUUGAAUGUCAAUGAUGAAGCUGAUGCAAUACUGAAUAGCGAUUUUGGUGAUGAUGACGAUGAUUGGUGAUGAUUGAAGAUAACACAUAUCAAUUUGAUAGAACAGCUCGUCCCCAUAUGGUCAAUCCGCAGUUCGCUAGUAGUAUUAAGUCCUGCGCAGCAUAAACUCCGCGGUAUAAACUCCAAAUUGCCACCCGGAUCUGGGACACGAUGGAACAACGGCGAUUUGAAGUCCAAGCUCCGACAUACCAGGGCUCCUGGGAGAGCCUAGGCGCCCGAACCCGCCCUGGGAAAAUCCAACGGACUUCCGCGGACCUUGCAAACGGACCUGAGUUCGUGACUUAGUCGCCUCCCUGGCCGCGCUCCAGUGCCUAAUGCCAGGUGCUCCCUUUC